CUGAAUCGUUAUAUUUAUCUCUUUCUAAGAAAAGCUGCUUGGCCCCGGGCACAUAAAGACCGUGCGCGCUGUCAUGGAGCAGGCUGAUAGCGGCGGCACCGAGCCUGUUGCUGCACGCCCCCCGUCUCUUCCGUGAAAACAUCUGCUCUGCUGUCAGCCUCAGACCACUCCCUCUCUGCCUGUGAACGGAAGAGCAGUCUAGUCAACUUGUUACAGUGUUGUCAUCAGAUGUCUCUUCCAGGAUUAUGUGUUUAGCCGAGAAUGGCGGAGGCCAGCGCACUUGACGAACUCCAGUCGGAGCUGACCUGUCCAGUGUGUUUGGAGCUGUUCCGUGAUCCAGUGAUCCUCGAGUGCGGACACCACUUCUGCCAGGUGUGCAUCAUCCAGUGCUGGGAAGCCAAGGCGGACGAGCUGUCGAGUUGUCCAAAGUGCCGUAAGUCGUGCGCCCGCAAACUGCGGCCCAACUCGCUCCUUUGCAACGUCGUGGACAGUGUGCGCAGAGCCCGGGUCAUGGACAUAGCCGCGGGUAUAACCGGAUGGGACCCGGAAGGUGCCCUGGAAGAGCCGGAGGAACGGGAGCCCGGUUCAAGUAUGAGCAGCGUGGCCACGUCCAUCGGGCACUGGCCGGGCCUGGGUAUAGAUAUGUGCGAGGAGCAUGAAGAGAAGCUGAAGCUUUAUUGUGAGGACGACCAGCUCCCCAUCUGUCUGGUGUGCGGCAUGUCCCGGGACCACAAGACCCACAAUGUCAUCCCUAUUACCGAGGCUUUUGAAAACUACAAGGAUAAGCUAUCUGUGGCUCUAGAGAGGGUUCAGCUGCAGACAGAGGAGGCCACGCUCUUCCAAAAACAGACAAAUGAAAAGAUCCUCCUCAUCAAGGAGCGAUCAGGAGAUCUGGAGGAGCUGGUGUCCGCAGAGCUCGGCCGUCUGAGGGAGUUCCUUCUCGAGGAGGAGGAGCGCAUCAAGGAGAAACUGCAGAAGCAGAAAGAAGAGAAACUCAGCCUGCUGGAGGAGGCGCUCACUCAAGCGACGGAGCAAAUCAGCCAACUGGAAAAUACAGCCGACCAGCUUCGCCUUAAACUGAGGGAAGAGGAAAACCCAGAGCAGCUCAAGGGAAUCAAAGAUUUCAUUGGAGGGGCUGAGAGCUUGUUUGAGCGCCCUCCAGAAGUGGGUGUUGAUCUGCAGUCAGGAAAGUUUAUGGGACCUCUGCAGUACAGGAUCUGGAGGAAAAUGAGCUCCAUUUUUCAGCCAGCUGUCACGGCGGUGACCCUCAACCCGGACACAGCCUACCCCUGCUUGUGGGUUUCCUCAUGUCGCACCAGCGUCCAGGUGGGCAAAAUCCAGCCCAACCUGCCCAACAACCCAGAGCGCUUCACCCGUUACAACAUUGUCCUGGGCUCUGAAGCUUUCUCCUCUGGCAGACACUACUGGGAGGUGGAGGUGGGCUCCAAGACUGCGUGGGGUCUAGGUGUGGCCACGGCCUCUGUCAACAGGAAGGAGGAGAUCAGCCUCUGCCCAGAUGACGGUUUCUGGACACUCGUGCUGAGGGACAACAGCAAUGGCACCAGUGAGUAUGAAGCAUGCACCGACUCAGAGGACAGCUUGAUAUAUCCCUCCAAACCCCCCAGGAGGGUGGGGGUCUAUCUGGACUACGGUCGUGGUGAGGUGGCGUUUUACGAUGCAGGAGACAUGAGCCACCUUUUCACCUUUUAUGAUGCAAAAUUCAAAGAGCCUGUUUUCCCGUACUUUAAUCCAUGGCCGAUUAUCAAUGGACACAACCGGGAGCCGCUCACCAUCGUAUCACCACACUGGGGAUAGAUGCUCUUUUUAUCAGAGGACUGAUUUGUUCUGCAUCAACAGAUUCUGAAUAAAACUAUGAAAGAGAUUCAGCAGCCGAUGAAAUCAGAUGGACUCAAUCAUGAGCCUUCACACUUCUGCCUUGUUAAAAGAAUUAAUGAUGUGGUGAUGAUGAACAUGCAGGUAACUAUAAUAUUCCAGACUUGACAUUCAAGGCUAGAAAUAAGAAGAUGAAACUAUUAGGACAAGAUAAAUGACACUUUAAAGGACAUGGCUGGCAAUAGUCCACACUUUCCUUAUUACUCACCAAAUCCUGUGAAUCCCAUGAAAAGACCAGAAACAACAAUGAAUUUAUCCUAUGAAAGUAUUUUCUGUGUAAUUAGAACCUGAUAUAGCGUAUUCCUCUCCUCAAUAGACAUUCAUUGUUCAAUUGUUAUCAAUGUUAUUAAACACACAAUGAGCCACACUGUUGCUCUGGAUGACAUGUUCCUUCAUUAUGAACCCACACACUGUAGUUAUGUUCUGAGUAAAUCCCACUAACACCCUGCUGCUGCUAUAAACACUCACCAAGUAACCAAAUGUGUAUUAAUGUGCAUUUGCUAAAAACUACAGUGCCCAGCUGCCAGAGGGAUUAACUUAAAGUGUUUUUU